AUGAUAAGAAAUUGUGUACGACAAUAUUUUUGUUUAGAUAGAAUGGUUAGCUCUAAAUUACAUUUUGUAAAAGAGAAAGAUGCUAAAACAGAUUAUGUUUAUUAUGAAUAAAAAACUGUUUUCUCAAAAGAUAAAGGAGAUAAAAAAUAUAAAUUAUUAGAUGUCAAAGUCCCUGAUAUAAAUGCUAAAAAGACUCAAUUCUAUGUAUUUGAUAAAAAUACUGUUCCUGUUCCAAGGUAAUUCAAUUAUUACUCUUUAGAUAAGUAUAUAUAGCUCCAUUAAGAAAAUAUGUUAAAUAAAAACUUUAAAGAGAUGAAUUUAUCAGAUAUAAAAAAGCAUAAACUACUAUUUAAGAAUAAUAAGAAGAAUAGAUAGAUGAAUUAUGGGGAGAAAAUCCUCCAAUUAGAUAUUUUGAAAGAUUAAUUGCUAAGGAUUUAUUUUUUAAUUACAGAAGUCCACGAUUUGCUCAAUAUAAUUUAAGAAAAAAUGAUUUUCUUUCAAAUCCUUCUGUUCAUAGUGAAGUCAAAAAUAUUAUCUAAGAAAUUAAGGAAGCUUCAACUCUAUAACUCUCAAGAAGUAUUUCUAAAAUAUUUAUGUUAGUUUAUCAUCCCAACUAUUUCAUUGAAGAUCAUUAUAAAAAAUUACCUGAUCUUUUUACUAAACUCAAAGAAGCAGUCUCUUAAGCAAAUUUUAAAGAAAUGCCUAAAAUAGCAUGGAUGCUCUAAAAUGAAUUAUUAUAUAAAGAGGAUAUAUAUAAAAUUUGGGAAAUUAUUGAAAAUAUUGUUAAAUCACAAAUUCAUCAUUUUACUAUUGAUGAACUAAUAUUAUUGAAAAGAGGAUUGGCAACAACCUAUCCAAAAGCUGGAAGUUAUGAAUUACAUAAUUUAAUUUAUAAUUUAGUUUCAUAAGAAAAAUUAAAUGUUGAUUAAACUAUUGAAGCACUAUAUGCAUUUAGAACAUUUAAUCAUGAUAAAUAUGCUAAAGUUUUAAUUGAUAAUCUCAUUACUUUAUUACCUGAAUAUCAAAAUAAUCAUUCAAAAUUGGCUUAAGCUUUUUAUUCCAUUGCAAAUAAUUUACCUAAAAAACAUUUAAGAGCAUAAUCUUAUGAUGUUACAGCUAAUGACAAAUAUAGAUUAAGUGUUAUGAAUGCAUUUGUAGGUCCUUUAAAAGAAGGAAAAUAUAAUAUGGAUGACAUAACAAGAAUUCUUUUAGGUAUCUCUAUUUUAAAAGUACCAAGUAUCUUAUUUGAAUUUAACAUAUAGAUUUUAAUGAUUUAAUCUUUUUAUUAGAAAAUUAAUUAUAAGAACCAGAUGAAUAUUAAUUAGUUCAUAUCUUAUAUGCUCUCUCUAAAGGAAAUAAUGGAAUUCAAGCUGGAACAAUUGAAACAUACAAAUAUUUAGAAUAAUUUGCUUUAAAGUAUUUUGACUAAUAUGAACAUUUAGAAAAAUCUAGAGUAAUUAUUUAAUUUAAUAUUCUUAAGAUUUAUUAUGCAUAUUCAGCUAUUAAUUCUGAAUUUGCUUAAAAUCCUAUAUUCUUAAAUUGGAUCAAAGAAAAUAUAUUAAAAUUCUCAUUUUCAGAAUUAUAGAACAUAGUUUAUGGUCUUAUGUUUAAUCAAGUUAAUGAUUAAGAAAUUUGGUAUAAUUUCUUAAAAAAUGUGGCAACUAAAAGUGAGUAUGUUCCAUUAGCUAAUUAUUAUGCUUUCAAAUAAGCUAAAUUUUAUAUUCAAUAAUUUUACCCUAAUUGGAAUAUGAAACCAUUUGAAGAUGCUUGUUAAAAUGCUGAAAAUAUGUUCUUAGCAAAUAGAACUGAAAAAUAGCAUUUAGAUCAAUAAAUUAUAGAUUUUUAAAUUGUAAUUCAUAAUAUUUUAUAUAUUUAGGAUCUCAAUACUCAUUUAUAAUAUGAUUGGAAAACUUACUAUAAUUGGAAUAAUACAUACUUUUUUAAUGUUACACUUCCAGAUCAUAGAGUUUCUAUUAUUUUAAAUACUCCAAGAACAACUGUAAAUGGUAAACCUAGAGCUUAAUUAUAACUUUAACAAUAAGUAAUGGCUACUUAAGAUUGGAAAUUAUUGAUUUUUGAUUAAACAGAACUUUUUUCAAUGAAAACUAAAGAUAGAGCAGCAUUCUACAAAAAAACAGUAGAUGAAGCCAUUGAAUCAUAAAAGGAUAAGAUGAAAGCUUGGGAAGAAGAAAGAAGAGAUUAAAUCUAUGAACAAUUAUUAAUUCAAGCUGAAAAUGGUAUAACCCCAGGAAAAAGAUUUGUCAAAAGGGAAGAUCUAAAGGGACUUUCAAGAUUCCCUGUUUGAUAUACAAAUGCUAUUAUUUUAUAACCC